AGCCCAGCGGUGUGCAGGUGCUCCCGUGGGUUGGGUGUCAGCAGCUGGCAAGAGCUGCAAUCAACCUCAGGCGCCUGCUGAGCAACAGGAGCUCGGAAAAAGAGAGGAAGGGAGUAAGAGGAAGCAGUGAGGCGGGAGGGACAGAAGAGAAAGGAGCUAAGGAAACUGGGACCUCUCCACGGGUCAGACUCGUUCAGGUGGAGGUGGUGGGCAUAACAGCACACAGGCAUGCUAGCAAGUCUCUUACAUAAAGAAAAGAAAGGGGAUUAACACUUACAGGAUGAAAAAAUGGCAAUGUUGCCUCCCCCAGGACCUGAGAGCUUUGUCUACUUCACCAGACAGUCUCUUGCACUCAUUGAACAACGCAUUACUGAAGGAAAAUCUAAGGAACCUAAAGAGGAGAAAACAGAUGAAGAAGAAGAAGGCCCAAAGCCAAGUAGUGACUUGGAAGCUGGUAAACAGCUUCCAUUUAUUUAUGGAGACAUUCCUCCAGGGAUGGUGUCAGAGCCCUUGGAAGAUAUGGACCCAUACUACAUGGAUAAAAAAACCUUCAUAGUAUUGAAUAAAGGGAAAACAAUUUUCCGAUUCAGUGCCACCCCUGCCUUGUACAUUUUAACACCUUUCAACCUGAUUAGAAGAAUUUCUAUUAAGAUUUUGGUUCAUUCCUUAUUCAGCAUGCUCAUCAUGUGUACUAUCCUGACUAAUUGUAUAUUUAUGACGAUGAGUAACCCUCCAGAAUGGACAAAGAAUGUUGAGUACACUUUCACGGGAAUAUAUACUUUUGAAUCACUGGUAAAAAUCCUUGCAAGAGGAUUCUGUAUAGGGCCAUUUACUUUCCUUCGUGAUCCCUGGAACUGGCUUGACUUCAUUGUCAUUUGUUUUGCGUUUUUAACAGAAUUUGUAAACCUAGGCAAUGUUUCAGCUCUUCGAACUUUCAGAGUCUUGAGAGCUUUGAAAACUAUUUCUGUAAUCCCAGGCCUGAAGACUAUCGUGGGGGCCCUGAUCCAGUCGGUGAAGAAACUUUCUGAUGUCAUGAUCCUGACCCUGUUUUGCCUCAGCGUGUUUGCUCUCAUUGGGCUCCAGCUGUUCAUGGGAAACCUGAGGCAUAAAUGUGUGCGAUGGCCUCUAGAGGAUAAAAAUAUAACCCUAGAAAACAUUAAUGUUCUUUGUGAAACAGAGAAUUACAGAAGCUAUUUCUAUCAUUUGGAAGGACAAAGGGAUGCUCUUCUUUGUGGUAAUGGCACUGAUGCAGGCCAGUGUCCAGAAGGAUAUAUGUGCGUGAAAGCCUGUACCAAUCCAGAUUAUGGCUAUACAAGCUUUGACACUUUCAGUUGGGCCUUCUUGGCUUUAUUUCGAUUAAUGACUCAAGAUUUCUGGGAAAAUCUUUACCAACAGACCUUACGUGCUGCUGGGAAGACUUACAUGAUAUUUUUUGUCGUGGUGAUUUUCUUGGGCUCAUUUUAUCUGAUAAACUUGAUCUUGGCUGUAGUUGCCAUGGCCUACGAAGAACAGAACCAGGCCACCAUCGAAGAAGCUAGGCAAAAAGAGUUGGAAUUUCAGCAGAUGUUAGAGCGGCUUAAAAAAGAGCAAGAGGAGGCAGAGGCAAUAGUAGCAGCAGCAGAUGAGUAUGCAAGUAUUGGUGGAGGCAAAGUUAGGGGACUUUCAGAAAGUUCUUCUGAAACAUCCAAAUUGAGUUCAAAAAGUGCUAAAGAAAGGCGUAAUCGAAGGAAGAAAAAGAAUCAGAAGAAACAGUCCAAUGGGGAGGAAAAGAGAGACAAUGAAAAAUUAUCUAAAUCUGAAUCAGAUGAGAGUAUCAGGAAGAAAAGCGUCCAUCUUGGUGUUGAAGGACAUAGACUGUCUCGAGAAAAGAGGAUGUCUUCUCCCAAUCAGUCUCCCCUUAGCAUCCGUGGCUCCUUGCUUUCUGCAAGACGCAGCAGUAGAACAAGCCUUUUUAGCUUCAGGGGUCGAGGAAGAGAUAUUGGAUCCGAGACUGACUUUGCUGAUGAUGAGCGCAGUAUUUUUGGAGACAAUGAAAGUAGAAGAGGCUCUCUGUUUGUGCCACACAGGCACAGAGAACGACGGAGUAGUAACAUCAGCCAAGCCAGUAGGUCUCCUCGGAUGCUUCCAGUGAAUGGCAAGAUGCACAGUGCCGUGGAUUGCAAUGGUGUGGUGUCCCUGGUUGAUGGUCCUACAGCCCUCAUGCUGCCUAAUGGACAGCUUUUGCCAGAGGUGAUAAUAGAUAAGGCAACUUCUGAUGACAGUGGCGGGACAACUAAGAUAGACCCAAAUAAAAGACGAUCUAGUUCUUACCACAUUUCUUUGGAUAUGUUGGAUGAUGCCGCUGUCAGACAAAGAGCACUGAGCAUAGCCAGCAUAAUAACAAACACAAUGGAAGAACUUGAAGAAUCCAGACAGAAAUGUCCACCUUGGUGGUAUAAGUUUGCUAAUACUUUUCUCAUCUGGAAUUGCUCACCACAUUGGUUGAAGUUCAAAAAGUUUGUUCAUUUAAUUGUGAUGGAUCCAUUCAUUGAUCUUGCCAUUACCAUUUGCAUAGUUUUAAAUACACUGUUCAUGGCCAUGGAACAUCACCCAAUGACUGACGGAUUUAAAAAUGUGCUUUAUGUGGGAAACCUGGUUUUCACUGGGAUUUUCACGGCUGAAAUGGUUUUAAAGCUCAUUGCCCUGGAUCCAUAUGAGUAUUUCCAAGUAGGCUGGAACAUUUUUGAUAAUGUCAUUGUGACCCUUAGUUUAGUGGAGCUUUUCCUCUCCAAUGUGGAUGGAUUGUCUGUCCUCCGUUCAUUCAGACUGCUCCGAGUUUUCAAAUUGGCAAAAUCUUGGCCGACAUUGAAUAUGCUGAUAAAAAUUAUUGGUAACUCAGUAGGGGCUCUGGGAAACCUGACCUUGGUGUUGGCCAUCAUUGUCUUCAUUUUUGCUGUGGUCGGCAUGCAGCUCUUUGGCAAGAGCUACAAAGAAUGUGUCUGCAAAAUCUCCGAUGAUUGUACACUUCCACGUUGGCACAUGAAUGACUUUUUUCACUCCUUCCUAAUUGUAUUCCGGGUGCUAUGUGGAGAAUGGAUAGAGACCAUGUGGGACUGCAUGCAGGUUGCAGGACAAUCUAUGUGCCUUAUUGUUUACAUGAUGGUCAUGGUGAUUGGAAACUUAGUGGUACUGAACCUUUUUCUGGCUUUGUUGCUGAGCUCAUUUAGUUCAGAUAAUCUUACAGCAAUUGAAGAAGAUACUGAAACAAACAAUCUUCAGCUCGCAGUGGUGAGGAUCAAAAAGGGAAUAGAUUAUGUGAAAAAACACAUGCGGGAAUUCAUUCAGAAAGCAUUUGUUAAAAAGCCAAAGAUUUCAAAUGAGAUCAGAAGAGUGGAUGAUCAAAAUAUUCAAAAGGAAAAUUACAUACCCAACCGUACACUUGCUGAAAUGAGCAAAGAUCAACACUUCCACAAAAAUAGAGACGGGACCAGUGGUUUUGGCAGCAGUAUGGAAAGAUAUAUGAUGGAUGAGAGUGACAGUCAAUCUAUCAUUCACAAUCCUAGCCUCACAGUCACAGUACCAAUUGCCCUAGGAGAGUCUGAUUUUGAAAAUGUAAUUACUGAAGAAUUUAGCAGCGAAUCAGAUGUUGAGGGGAGCAAGGAGCGAGUACAUCUAUCUAGUUCCUCUGAAGGCAGUACGAUUGAUAAUGCUAUCCCCGAGGAAGGAGAAGAAGCAGUGGCUGAACCUGAAAAUUCUGAUGAGCCAGAGGCCUGUUUUACAGAUGGUUGUGUACGAAGGUUCCCAUGCUGUCAAGUUAGCGUAGAAUCUGGCAAAGGAAAAGUUUGGUGGAACAUAAGGAAAACCUGCUACAGAAUAGUAGAACACAACUGGUUUGAGAGUUUCAUUGUCCUCAUGAUCCUUCUCAGCAGCGGUGCUUUGGCUUUUGAAGAUAUAUAUAUUGAACAGAGAAAGACCAUUAAGACUGUGUUGGAGUAUGCUGACAAGAUCUUCACUUAUGUCUUCAUCCUGGAAAUGCUUCUAAAAUGGGUAGCAUAUGGUUAUAAAACAUAUUUUACUAAUGCCUGGUGCUGGCUGGACUUCUUAAUUGUUGAUGUAUCUAUAAUUACACUUGUAGCCAACACUCUUGGAUACUCAGACCUCGGUCCCAUUAAAUCCCUUCGGACCCUAAGAGCUUUAAGACCACUCAGAGCUUUAUCUCGAUUUGAAGGAAUGAGGGUGGUGGUGAAUGCGCUUUUAGGAGCAAUUCCUUCCAUUAUGAAUGUACUACUUGUCUGCCUCAUAUUCUGGCUAAUUUUUAGCAUUAUGGGAGUAAAUUUGUUUGCUGGCAAGUUCUAUGAGUGCAUUAACACCACAGAUGGCCAGAGGUUUCCUGUAAGUGUGGUUGUGGAUAAGGACCAGUGUGAACAACUCAAGAAUAGUAGCAAUGAUGUGCGGUGGAAAAAUGUGAAAGUGAACUUCGAUAAUGUUGGAAUUGGUUACCUUUCUCUACUUCAAGUUGCCACAUUUAAAGGAUGGAUGGAUAUUAUGUAUGCAGCUGUUGAUUCAGUUAAUAUAAAUCAGCAGCCCAAGUAUGAAGAAAGCCUCUACAUGUAUCUUUACUUUGUCAUCUUUAUCAUCUUUGGGUCAUUCUUCACUUUGAAUCUCUUCAUUGGUGUCAUCAUAGAUAAUUUCAAUCAACAGAAAAAGAAGCUUGGAGGCCAAGAUAUCUUUAUGACAGAGGAGCAGAAGAAAUACUACAAUGCAAUGAAAAAGCUGGGGUCCAAGAAACCACAAAAGCCAAUACCCAGGCCAGGGAACAAAUUCCAAGGAUGUAUAUUUGAUAUGGUGACAAAACAAGCUUUUGAUAUUACUAUCAUGGUACUUAUCUGUCUUAACAUGGUAACCAUGAUGGUAGAAAAAGAUGAACAAAGUCCAACCAUGACCAGUGUUCUAUACUGGAUAAAUAUGGUUUUUAUUAUCUUAUUCACUGGAGAAUUUGUGCUGAAGCUAAUCUCCCUCCGCCAUUAUUAUUUCACUAUUGGAUGGAACAUUUUUGAUUUUGUGGUGGUCAUUCUGUCCAUUGUAGGUAUGUUUCUAGCUGAUAUAAUAGAAAAAUAUUUCGUGUCUCCUACCCUGUUUCGUGUGAUCCGGCUUGCCAGGAUUGGACGAAUCCUUCGUCUCAUUAAAGGGGCAAAGGGGAUUCGCACACUGCUCUUUGCUUUGAUGAUGUCCCUUCCUGCUCUGUUUAACAUUGGUCUCCUCCUCUUCCUGGUCAUGUUUAUCUAUGCCAUCUUUGGAAUGUCCAACUUCGCCUAUGUUAAAAAAGAAGCUGGAAUUAAUGACAUGUUCAACUUUGAAACCUUUGGCAACAGCAUGAUCUGCCUCUUCCAGAUUACCACAUCAGCUGGUUGGGAUGGUUUGCUUGCACCCAUUCUUAACAGUGGACCACCAGAUUGUGACCCCGAAAAAAUUCACCCUGGAAGUUCAGUCAAAGGAGAUUGUGGCAACUCCUCUGUUGGGAUUUUCUAUUUUGUCAGUUACAUCAUCAUCUCAUUCCUGGUGGUUGUAAACAUGUACAUUGCUGUUAUCCUGGAGAACUUCAGUGUUGCUACUGAAGAGAGUGCAGAGCCACUAAGUGAGGAUGACUUUGAGAUGUUCUACGAGGUUUGGGAGAAGUUUGAUCCUGAUGCCACCCAGUUCAUAGAAUACAGUAAACUCUCUGAUUUUGCAGCUUCGUUAGAUCCACCUCUUCAUAUAGCAAAACCAAAUAAAGUCCAGCUUAUAGCCAUGGAUCUACCCAUGGUAAAUGGGGAUCGAAUUCACUGCCUUGACAUCUUAUUUGCUUUUACAAAACGUGUGUUGGGUGAAAGUGAAGAGAUGGACACCCUUCGUUUACAGAUGGAAGAGCGGUUUGUGGCUGCAAAUCCUUCUAAAGUUUCUUAUGAACCCAUUACCACUACUCUAAAACGAAAACAAGAGGAAGUGUCAGCUACAAUCAUUCAGCGAGCAUUUAGACGUUAUCGCUUAAGACAAAAUGUCAAAAACAUAUCAGGCAUAUAUAACAAAGGUGAUGAAAGAGUUGAUCUGCCUAUGAAAGAAGAUGUGCUCUUUGGUAAGGGUAACGGAAACUCAACUCCAGAGAAAACAGAUGAUGUGACUCCCUCUACCACCUCUCCACCUUCUUAUGAUAGUGUGACAAAGCGAGACAAAGAGAAAUAUGAAAAAGACAAAACAGAAAAGGAAGACAAAGACAAAGAUGGCAGGGAAGGCAAUAAGUAAUGGAGAAUUCAGUUUUGCCAUCAACAGUUUAUAGCUUGGGAAAUGCCCUAUUAUGUCAACAGGACUUUUUGAGGAGGUUUAUGCCAAACUGACCGUUUUUUACCAUGAUAAGCUUAAAGUCAGUACUUCUAAUAGCAUAGUGACCAUUUGUCUAACAGUGAUUCUGGAAAAAAAUAGGAGCAAAUUUGACAAGAGUUUCACUCUUUGCACUGUUAGCUGGUCCUGCAGAAGACAAAAGGUCUUCUCAAAGAAUAGGGACUAUGACUUAAGGGAGGCAGAAUCUAAAUUUUCUGCUUUUGGUUGAACAUAUGUGUAUUCAGAACAGUCACAAUUCUGUAAUCUCAUAUUUUUUUGGUUCGUUAUUCAUCAUACCCACAAAUAUACACACAGUAAUAAUAUAGGUAAUUGCUCUAAGGGAUACAUUUCCAUUUAGAAAAGCAACAAAGAGAAAAGUAUUUGCCUCUCAUUCUCUAUAACACCAGAAUGAAAGUAACCAUGAUGGCUGAGAUUUCUGUUUGUACACUUUUAGCUGCUGCUAAAAGUCUUGCAGUUAACUGUGCGUAAAAGGAUUUCUCUAUUUUAAGAUGCUUAAUUUCAUUUCAUUUUUGCAUCAGGACUAGUUGUUUUCAGGCCUGUAAAAUCUCAGAGACAUCCCUAAAUAUGUUGGUGGCUGACUUUUGUUAAUAUAUCUCCUGUUUACCCUGAGCAACAAAGAAGUCAUCCCCAAAGGUUUGUACUGAGGAUCCUAUGUCUCUAUUUAUGCUGUAGUUCUGCACUUUUCACAUGUUGUGAAAAGCCAGAGGAGGUCUGCAUUACUCACAUCAAAAUGUAUGCAAUUUAUAGAACAAGGAAGCAAUUCUUGAGUGUUUCUUGAUUGUUGGAAUGAAAUAUUGCAUCUAACUGCCCUAGGAAACCAAGAGUAGCCCAACCAUAAAUUGCUUCAUGACAUUAUUCAUACUUUCUCCUGCAGUAUUUCUGGUCAACCCCUCAGCUCUCAUCCUCACUGAGAUGUGCUUGCUGAUAUGUACAUAGCAAUUUGAUACCAUGGUGCAUGUUGAACAAACAGAUAAAUGACUUGGGCACAGUAUUUAUUGAGUCAAAUAUGUACCACCUCAUACAUAAUUGACAAACUUUAUAUUGGCAACCUGUUGAGCUUCUAAUACGAAUCAGGGAAGUAAAAUUGAAAGAUCAUUUGGUUGGAAGUUUGAAGAUUUUGGUUCCCUAAUCCUAGCUCUACCAUUAGCGAGCUAUGUGACCAUGACUGAGUCCUUUACCUAAUCUGAGCCUCAUCAUCCUUUGCAAAAUGAGUGGUGGGUUGGCUGAUUUUGGAGCUAAGCUAUAGCUUGAAAAUGCUUUCUCUGACUAUAUUCUACAUUCAGGUUCAGUACAGUACUAGUAGUUUGCAGGUUAUAAGAAAUGCAUGUUUAUCUUGCCUGUAUUAUUGCCAUCUCUUUUUCCACUUUUCAGAGAUUUUUCAAGCCCUAUCAUUAGUGACUUAUAUUAAAAAAAAUGUUCAAAUCACUAUGUUUUAAUAACUUUAAACAACAGGCAAAGAACGAUUUUUUUGUAUCUAGAGUCACUCAUCUAGAGGAAAAUAAUUGAAGGCCACAGGAGUUUUUAAAAAUUAUAUACAGUUUUGUUUUGUUUUGUUUUUUAACGAGACAUGUGUCUCUUUAAAUUAAGAGCAAAGAAAAUAAGACUGUAUUCAAUAACCUGUGCUAAAAAUGCAUAUACACACAUACAUAGAGGACCACUAAGCCGCCUUCAUAGAAAGAGAGACAGAUACGGAUAUGCAGAAAAAUGGACUUUCAUGGAAUAAUAGCCCCAAUUCCCAUGUUAUGGUCCUUUAAGAUUAUUACCACUUGAGACUUUUACAGUUAUGUUGUAUUUUUGCAACUCUAGGGUUAUAAAGUAUCACAUAGGCCUGAUGAAAUUAAGCCCAAGAUACAGUGGUUCCCACUUUUAUUUAAGCAAUUAUGUCAGCAACAUUUUUUAAAAUAGACACCAUGCAGUGUUUUCCUAAACUUCACAGGGCAUUGCAUACCUGCUUAGCUUAUUAAAAUAGAUUGAUAAUUUUAUAAAAUAAUUUAUAAAGAUGAUAAUUUUUAGUGUUUUGUACAUUCAAACUAUCACCUUUUAUUUAUGCUUAAAGUUUCUUCUCAUUGUUUUAAAGCUAUAUACAUAUUUAAUUGAGAAAAUUUAAUACACAAUAAAAAGUUAUAUGUUUCUUUCA